AUGAUUCUAGGUCUCUUCGACAACGUCGAGGCUGCAGUUGUUCAGACUUACGGGGAAAGUCUGUUACGCCCAGGCACCACUAUCUUAGACACGGUCAACGCCCAUUUCAAGCUCUCUAAUAGGGUGAGCGCUGAAGUCCACGUGUCAUGGUUGAACCCUCAUAAGGAACGAAAGAUGACGGUGAUCGGAGAGGAAGCAACAGCUGUUUUUGACGAUACAGAGCCAUGGGAGUCUAAGCUUCGUCUGUUCAAGAACAAGAUCGACUGGACGAGCGGUCAUCCGGAGGCACCAGACGGCCGAAUGGAGGUUGUAGCUCUGGAGAAGCUCGAGCCGCUCGCCAUUGAAUGCCAGCACUUUCUUAAGUGCGUUGGUACCGGCAAAGUCCCAAAGACUGAUUUGGCCGAGGGCAUAGCCGUUGGUGGCGUACUCGAAGCAGUUGAAAAUCAGUUACGAAUGUGGGUAUCCCUUCGACAACCGAGUGCCUUGACUGCCGGAUUACAUCUAGAUCCGAAGGCAGAGGUCCUCAAUGAAAUCCCAUGUCCGACAUUGCCAGAAAAGAUUGUCAAAAUCUCCAUCAUUGAUCUCCAGUCUCAGAUGCGCCGAAUCCAAUAG